AUGGUAUCUCCAGAGACGCGCCAUAAAACCUUCGACAAGCAUUGGAAAGGGCACUUUUCGGGAGAAAAUCAGCGUGGCAACCGGCGAACACCUGACACCGACACCCGAACGGCCCCAUCGCCCGCAGCGCCAAGCAUUUCGAGUCUGGAGCGGGGACAGCCUCCACAAGUCCAAGGGGCAUCUUCUGCUCAGUCGCCAGACAAAUGUAAGGCUAAGUUUUCAAAAUUGGUGCAGGCUAGCUGCGUCGGCUCCUCGGAAGUGGUUCCCCCAGGAUCAAUGCUAACUCAUGUGCCUCAGACGUUUGCAGCGACAAUUAAUAGCUCAGGACUGCAGGAGGUUGCAACGCCGGCUUCCGGGAAUUGCCUGCCAUGGCAAUCGCGCACGGAGCGACUGAAAAAGACCUUGCAGAGACAACGUCAAAGCUUGGACAGCUAA